CCGACGCCUCCCCACGAAGCUUCUCCACCUCCUCCUCCUCUCCUCGCUAUUUAUCCUCCGCGCACGCCGUUUUCCAAGAUCCAUUCCGAGACACUCGACACAGUCCACCACGCACGCGCAGCAGCAGCAGCGCCCGAUAAGCAAGAAGAAACAAACAAUGGUGAUGGCGGCGGCGGAGCGGCGGGACGCGGAGGCGGAGCUGAACCUGCCGCCAGGGUUCCGGUUCCACCCGACGGACGAGGAGCUGGUGGCGGACUACCUCUGCGCGCGCGCCGCCGGCCGCCCCGCGCCGGUGCCCAUCAUCGCCGAGGUCGACCUCUACCGGUUCGACCCGUGGGAGCUCCCGGAGCGGGCGCUCUUCGGGGCGCGGGAGUGGUACUUCUUCACGCCGCGGGACCGCAAGUACCCCAACGGCUCCCGGCCCAACCGGGCCGCCGGGGGCGGGUACUGGAAGGCCACCGGCGCCGACAGGCCCGUGGCGCGCGCGGGCAGGACCGUCGGGAUCAAGAAGGCGCUCGUCUUCUACCACGGCAGGCCGGCGGCGGGGGUCAAGACGGACUGGAUCAUGCACGAGUACCGCCUCGCCGGCGCCGGCGCCAAGAAGGACGGCUCCUCGCUCAGGCUUGACGACUGGGUGCUCUGCCGCCUCUACAACAAGAAGAACCAGUGGGAGAAGAUGCAGCGGCAGCGGCAGGAGGAGGAGGAGGUGGCGGCCAAGGCUGCAGCGUCGCAGUCGGUCUCCUGGGGUGAGACGCGGACGCCAGAGUCUGACGUCGACAACGAUACGUUCCUAGAGCUGGACUCGCUGCCGGAGUUCCAGACGACAAACGUGAUAUUGCCAAAGGAGGAGGUGCAGGAGCUGGGCAACGACGACUGGCUCAUGGGGAUCAGCCUCCACGACCUGCAGGGCCCCGGCUCCCUCAUGCUGCCAUGGGAGGACUCCUACGCCGCCUCGUUCCUGUCGCCGGUGACCGCGAUGAAGAUGGAGCAGGACGUCAGCCCAUUCUUCUUCUUCUGAGCUAUCAACUCUCUAAAAAGUAGCACUCUUGUCUGCGGCCCUCUGUUUCUAAAUAUAAGAUGUUUUGGUAGUUCAAUCUAUACUGCCAAAAUAUCUUAUAUUUAUGAACAGAGGGAGUAACUGUAGUCUGUAGAUAGUUCACAUUCUUCAAGACUUUUUUCUUGAUUUUUUUAUUAUAUAUUGCUUUUUAAUGAUACAUUGCCAGCCGGUACUGAAUACGGAACAGCUCGCACUGUUGUGUGCAGCGUAACUGUAGAUAGUUGAUAGUUCAGUUUGUUCAGGACUUAGAAGACACAUUGUACUUCGAAAGAAAAGGAUCACAUGUUAUCAUUUUCUAAAUUCCAAAAA